AUGGAUGACCAAACACAACAGUCGCAGUCGCAUGCGCCGUCGUCCUUCCUGCCGGAUAUGACGGACACCCCUCCGCGCGCCGAUGUUGACGAAAUUCUACGGAGAAAACGGAAGGCACGGGAAUACAAGGCCUGCUACCCAUGUCGACAACGCAAAGUCAAAUGCGACCAGACAGUGCCUUGCAAGACAUGCGUCGUACGCGAACAUCCAGAGCUAUGUACCUACCAUCCGCCGAGCGAGUCGCACCCGCCUGCGAAGAGAAUAAGCAUGGGACUGGGCCAGAAUGGGCACGACUUCAAUGUCAAUGGCCUGGUUCACGUACAUGGCGGGACUGUGACAUUGCCACGCGAGGACUGGGAGCGCAUUUGCGCAAAACUCCAGACGGCCGAGAAGUCACUUUCUGAGCUGAAGAACUCAAUAAGCAGUAUACAAGAAGUGGCACCACCAAUCAACGGCUUCUCGCCCUCGACGUCGACAGCUCUGGCUGCCUCGGCCCCUAUCGAUGGCGAGCAGAGCCACGUACGAACGCAAGGGAUUCACACGCGCAACGAUAUCACUGGUCAGACGAUUCACAUUGGACCCAGCUCAGUGCCUGCGUUGGUCAUGCAGUUGGGUCGAGGGGGAGAUUCACAAUGGGCACCAGGGUUACAAGAUCUACUUGGGAAAAAAAGCAUGCUGCCCAUCUUUGGGCUGGAUAAUGAGAGCGCCACAUACCCCUUCGUCGACUUAUGGGGACUGCCACAUGGAUCGAUAUCCCGCGCUACAGAGCUCGCAAACGCCCUGCCCAGCGAUUCGGAAUGUCUCAGUUUUUUCCGCCACUAUCGCGAGACCGCACACGCUGUGUAUCCCGCCGUUGCGGAUAUCGAGGGCGUCGAGUCCGAUCUCUUGCUUUUCCUCAUCAACCGCGCGAGCUCACAAAGUGGCGCUGGAGUGACAGACCAGCAGAUCUUCGGGAAAGACUUCCAUUGGAUUGGCCUGGUCUUCGCUAUUUUGGCCUCCGGGUGCCAGUGCUCGACAUUAUCAAGAAGAGAAAGAGAGCUUACCUCACAGGUCUAUAUUUGCUGCAGCUUUGAGUGCCUGCGAUUCACCAACUUCCUCUCACAUGCAAACAUCGAAAACAUACAAACGCUCCUGAUACUGGGAAACGUGAUCUCCAACAACAUGAACGCUGGCGUUGCAUGGAGUUUGAUGGGCUUGACAGUUCGACUUUCACAAACACUUGGAUUGCACCGCAUGUGCCCUUCAUCGACGCCCGUACAGCAGAGGAUACUCAGGAGUAAAGUUUGGUGGGCGCUGUUAUGGCAAGACUCGUUACUAUCUGUGUCGUACGAUCGGGCCUCUUCUACUACAACUAUUGACCACACCGUUCCCCUGAGUAAUCACACAGCUCCUGGGACGCGAACAUACGUUGAAAGCAUGUAUCGCCUGUGUAAGGUUGGGCUUGACAUUGUCCGCGAGCGCCAGAAGCCCCAAACCUCUCAAGACGCUUUGAUCAGAAUCACCGAACAUCGCAACGAACUCCAAGAGAUUAUGGUCGACGCAGCAGACUAUUUAAAGGACUCGAGGAGGUGUCGGUCGAUGCGAGAUCAACUUGAGCACUGGGCGCUAUACCUACACAUCUCAUACAUCACAUCGGAGCUCUGUCGGCCUGCCAUCAGCCCCACGACAGCCGGCCUAGACCUCUCGAAGACCCUUAGGAAAACGUGUAUUGACAGUCUCACAAACACAGUCGAAGCUUUCCUUGGCCUCCAGAACAUGACACCGUUCGCAACUCGCUCAUGGGCUGCUCUACAUCGAUCCCUCAGUUGUGCGCUUCUCCUCGGCAUUCUGGGUGAACACAAUCGCAAUGAGCGAGCUCGUGGUCUCCUACAGAAUAUCAUCCAAGUGCUGGGCGACUUUACUAAGGAUGUAGAUCCUAAUGAGCUUGCAACGCCCAUCACAAGGUCUGUGUCAGCGCUCGAGCGCCUCCUGCGUAUCACAACGAGUGUAAAAAGGAAGACUAGCGAGUCUGGGAGUCAGGCAAGUCCGACCAUGAACACGUUUACGGCCGACGACAUCAAUGCGGCGCUUGCCAAUAGCGACGGGAACGCGUUCUCGCAAAGUCCAUUGCUGGGCUUGGAUCUUGAUUCGUCACCAUAUGCACUGAUGGAGUCCAUUGUCUGGGGAGCGCAAAAAGACGUUUGA